GACACCGGCGAGGCUCCCCUGCUUGCCCGCGGGUUCGGCUCUAACCGCGUAGGGCCCAUUUCGGACUUGUCAGAUCCCGCAGCCAUGGGGUGCUGGGGUCGGAACCGGGCCCGGCUGCUGUGCAUGCUGUCGCUGACCUUCAUGUUCAUGGUGCUGGAGGUGGUGGUAAGCCGGCUGACCUCGUCGCUGGCGAUGCUCUCGGACUCGUUCCACAUGCUGUCCGACGUGCUGGCCCUCAUCGUGGCCUUGGUGGCGGAGCGCUUCGCUCGGCGGACCCAGUCCACACAGAAGAACACGUUCGGCUGGAUCCGGGCCGAAGUGAUGGGGGCCCUGGUGAACGCCAUCUUCCUGACCGGCCUCUGCUUCGCCAUCCUGCUGGAGGCCAUCGAGCGCUUCAUCGAGCCCCACGAGAUGCAGCAGCCGCUAGUGGUCCUCGGGGUCGGCGUGGCCGGGCUCGUGGUCAACCUGCUGGGGCUUUGCCUCUUCCACCACCACAGCGGCUACGGGGGCGGGCCCGGCGCGAGCAGUCGCAGCCACAGCCACUCCCACGGGGGGCUCGGCCACAGCCACAGCCACAGCCUUGGCAAGGUGAGCCGGGGCAAGAACAACCGCAGCGGGGGCAACAACAGCAACAUGACGGACAGCGAGCGGGCCGCCGACGGCGAGGAGACCAACAACUUGGUCAUCAGCUCGAACGGAAUGAAGAUGGACCCGGCAGAGGAACAAGCCAGAGACGGUGCAAUGGAUGUGCAAGUUAAUGGGAAUCUUAUUGGUGAUGAUUCGGACAAUUUAGAUUCCGAAGAUGAAGAGAAUAGUGGACAACUUAACAUGCGUGGAGUUUUUCUGCAUGUCUUUGGAGAUGCCUUGGGUUCAGUAAUUGUAGUGAUAAAUGCCUUGGUUUUUUUCUUUUCUUGGAAAUCUUGUACUGAGGGAACGUUCUGUAGGAAACCAUGUAUCCCUGACCCCUGCCGCUCAUAUGUAGACCUAAUUAAUACUACUUAUACUUCUACUACUACAGUAAGUGAGGCUGGUCCUUGCUGGGUGCUAUAUUUAGAUCCAACUCUUUGUCUUGUGAUGGUUGGCAUACUUCUUUAUACCACUUAUCCGUUACUUAAGGAAUCUGCCCUUAUCCUUUUGCAAACUGUACCUAAACAAAUAGAUAUCAGAAAUUUGAAAAUGGAACUUCGAAAUGUUGAAGGAGUUGAAGAAGUUCAUGAAUUGCAUGUUUGGCAGCUUGCUGGAAGCAGAAUCAUCGCCACUGCUCACAUAAAAUGUCAUGACCCUACAUCCUACAUGGAGGUGGCUAAAAGCAUUAAAGACGUUUUUCACAAUCACGGAAUCCACGCCACUACCAUUCAGCCUGAAUUUGCUAGUGUAGGUGCUAAAUCAAGUGUUACCCCAUGUGAGCUUGCUUGUAGAACUCAGUGUGCAUUGAAGCAAUGUUGUGGGACCGCACAAAAAACCAGUUCUGGAAAGGAAGCAGAAAAGAGUUCGGCAGUUAGCAUUUCUUGUUUAGAACUUAGUGACGAUUUAGAAAAGCAUCCCAGGAGGACUAAAGUUGAUAGUAUGCCUGCUGUUAUGAUAGAUAUAAAGAAGAUGCCAAACGAACAACCAGAAUCAUCUAUGUAAGUUUUCAAAACAUGUGAUGUUCAACUUGUUUUCAUCCACAAGAGAAAGAGACUCUCCAUUGAAAUCUUAAGUUGCCAAGUAGUAUAAUUGCUGAAGUCCUUGUUUUGGUCACACUGUUUAAUUCUAUUUUUGUAAGAACAUAAUGGAAUUGCAUAACACAAAGUUUUAUAUUACAACUUUGUGAUUAUCAAUGCACAGUACAGCUAUGCUGUAACAAUUUUGGAAAGCCAGUUUUAACACUAUGUUACAUUUUUUUGUUAAAAGUAAAUAUAAACCUUGUAUAACAUGAUGAUACUUUUGAUUUCAGUUUUCCCAUAGCAAAACUUAAUUGGGGAUAAAUAAAUUAAAAUUAAUUUGUUACUAGAACUUCUCUGUUUUGUCUUUCCCCUCACCCAUGUUUUAUUUUUAGUUGAGAUUUCUUGAUGAAACUUGAAAUAGUUUUUUUUCCCCUUAGACAUUUUAGAUUACAUUUCCCUUUCCCCCUUUGAAAUUAUUACAUAGCAUAAUGGUAGCAUUAAAAAAAAAACAAAACACCGACUCAUGGAUGUUGAUGGGAAACGUUAUUCCUUUUUUUUUUUUUUCCAUGUGGAGCAAUUCUAUCAUUUUACCAAGAAAAAAAAAAGAUCAAUUACUAUCUUGUAUUAAGUUCUGUUCUUUAUUGCUGAGUUGAAAUGUGAGACAAUUAAUGAGAAACUGCAUUUUAUACACAUACUAGGGUAUUUGAUGAAGAAGAACAUAAAAGUUCACCCAACUGAACAUCAUUUAGAUUCUUUUGUAACUUGUUAAUGUUUGGAAGAACAUUUGAAUUGUUUAAAAACUUUCAAUACAUGCAUAAAACAAUUGUCUUUUAAAAAAUUAUGAAUAUGUAUGUUAUAUAGAAGUAUUCACCAGCAUUGUUUAUGGUAUGGUCUUCAUUAAUUAUACUGAAGGAAGACUUGAAGGUUUACUCACAAAGUAUUUAUGUAUAACAAAAGAUAUUUUAACAGUUGUGAAAUUUAAUUUAUUUCUCUAUUGGUUGUCUCAAAGAUGCUGUUCUCUCAAGUUAUUUCAUGGCAUCUAUCCCCAAAUAGAUUUAGACGAAAGCUAUUAUAGUAUUAUAAACAGUGUUUUUUCUUCCUUUGUGAGCCACUUACUAGAGAGAGAAAAAAUUAGGAGGUUAAUAUCACUUGAGUAUUAAAUCAUUUAAGAAUUUAAGUUCAUAAUUAAGGUGGGACUCACAUUUCUAUAAUGUCUUGUCAUUGCUCAGGUCUUCCAACAGUGACUUACUUUGAAUAUAUACUAUAACAUCUACACAUGAGUUGACUGAACUAUGACUGAAAUUGCUUUUAACUGUUUUCUUAUUGCUGUUUCUUUUAAGUACAGUUACUUACACAGUAUUUAAGAAGUUUAAAAAAAUCAUCUCGAUUGGAAGAAUCAUUAUGCUUUUUUUUAUUAAGUGUAUAGUUUUUCUGUAAUGAGAUUAAUAUUGAUGACAUCAGUUAUCAUACAUAGAACUAUUUUGCCAAAAGCAUAGUGUCCUGACUACUUAAAUUGUUUUUAUAGGUGACUACUUCUGAAAAUGGCUUAUCUUUUUGAUAGAAAAGAAUUCACUAUUUAAAUACAAAGUUUAAGAUAAAGAUAUUGAUAAAGACUGGGAUUAGAAAUUUCUUUUUUAGUGGAUAAUUCUUCUAGCAGGCAUAAGUUUUUUCCCUUGUAGUAUAUGCCUGUUGCUGGCAAUGGGCUUAUUAUUUUUUAAAAUAGGCCGUGUUAAUGGACAGUAUAUAUUCCUUUAAGAAUGAGAACGAUUUGUGCUUGGAUAACAAUGGGAACACAGUUUUAUAAAUUCAGGUUUGCUAAAAUGGGCCAAAACUGUAACCUGCCGAUUGGGGUCUCUUAAUACUAUUUUGCUGAUAUCACCCUCAUAAUUCAAUUGAUAAUUCCUAAACUGAUAGUUAUCUUUAAUUUUUGUGUGAUUUUGAGUCUUUUUGACACAAAACAGGGGGUCUCAUUAUGUGGGUAAACAAGAGGAAAGCUGCUGAUUGUACCGUUAUCAUGUGCAUUCCUGAUUUAUCAUUUUAAACUAUGGAAUAUUUUAAUAAGAUAUUUCAAAGUUGAGUUUAUAUUUUGUAAACAUUUCAGUAAAGAUACAAAAAAAAAAAAGAUAACUAGAAAAAUAUCUUAAACAUCCAAGAAAAAUUUUGUGAACCAAAUACAUAAAAACGAGUCUAUUUCCUAAAGAAUUGAGGUUUUAAAAAAUAUAAGCACAGGACAAGGGCUAUGUUUUUCUCAAAAGUACUAUAAAAGUAACCUGUAGGUCUAGUUAUCUGGUUUUUCAUAACUUGUUUUAAAGUAGUUUAUAUAUAAUGCAUAAAGUGGUACCAUAGUGUGUUCCUUCUCAAAGUAGUUUGUUAUUCAAUAACAAAAGCAGUGGGCAAUGACUCACCUUUUGAGUUUUAACAGAGAAACAGUGUUUCUCUUUACAAUGCACUUUCUAACCCAUAUUUUACUAUAUAAAAAGUUAUGUUGAAAAACAAGUGGUUUUUGUUUUGUUUGUUUUUUGUAUUUAGAAUUCCUAAGUUUUGAAUCCCUUUUGCCUUUAUGAAAGGAAAUGAGGAAAUCCUCAUUCUUAGGGCACUGUAGCCCAGUGUUUAAAGAAAAAACCCACCCAUUUUUCAUUUCUGCACCAGUUGUCUUGCAAGCUUUUUAAGCUGGCUUUUGUAAGAUCAGCAAGUUUAUGAUAGGGAUCCUUAGAUUUUUGUCUAUUGUCAAUCGUAGGAAAGGAGGCAUUUUAUGUGCCUGAAUUGAAACUAAUCUAGAAAAAAAAUUCCAAGCCAAAUGCAGCCUUAAUUAAGGGAGAGUAGAUCUCCACUGUGACAUUUUAGCUUGUGAUUCUUGAAUUAGUUGGUUUGGAGUACACAUUUGCAUUAAGAAAGAUAUGAAUUAGAAAAAACUUUGUAUUUGAAUGUUUUGGGGGAGGUCGGGGGGGGGGGGGAAAUGCCAUUUAUAAGGCAAGCAAUUUGAGAGCAAUUUUUCCCCCCUCAAGUACCCCAUUGAAAAUCACUGUCAGAGUUAGGGUGAUAUUUUAUGAGGGAAACUUUUUGGUAGCUUGCUGUUAUUUUGGAGGAACUUCCAUUUAGUGUUUAUAUUUUUGCUUUUCUAAGAUUAGAAACUUGAAAACAUUAUUAAAGGAAAUAAAAAGGAUAUAACAUGAAAAUACUGUAAGUGGAAUAACUGGUUGAAGAUUUAUUUGAAUACUAAUACUUUUUUUUUUAAUAAGAAAGCUACAAAUGUCACAUCUUCACCUUUUGUCUUAAUGUCUUCACAAAGUAUGAAGCAGCAAAUGUGGAGAGUAACUUGGUUGAUGUGCUGAAGCUCUUCAAACCAGAUUGAAAUAUUUACUUAAUACUGAGUUUCAGUGUAAUGGUGAAUCACAAAACAGUAUUAAAACUUGGCGAGAUAGCAGAAGAAACUCCUUCCCCCCUUUUUUUUUCUGUUUAUUCUUAGACCUGAGUCAAACUUAAUUUGACCAUUUCUGAAAAGGAGUUGAGUAGCAUCAUUUUGAUGUAGCUUUACAGACCUUAUGUAUAACUGCUAUUUCACUUUACUGACAAAACCUGGAAUAUUUUAGCAAUCAUUUUCACUGGCAAAGGGCCUCUUGUAUGUCCUACAAUUUAAACAUGUAAACCAAAAAUUUUAUGGUCCAGUGUCUUUGACAAAAAGAUACUGAAAGGAAUGUAGCAUACAAUUAGUAUAUAUGGUUGUAUAUAAGAAGUCUUGCUCAAGACACAGAAAUUGCCAUGUUAUCUUUCUGCCUUGAAACAGCACAAUGAAAAUGCAUCAGUGUAUGCUGUGAUUAUGGAACUUUCAUAAUGUAGUUUUGGUGUCUGCUAUUGCCAGCUAUCUGGGCAGAAUGUGGUGCAGUUUUAUGCAGUUGUCAUCUCACUAAAUGCAGAUACAAAUAUAUUUUCUGUGUAAAAUUUUACCGAUUUUGAUGUGUUUUUUUUAUAUGUUUUAUGACUGUACAUUGUUUUCCAAAGCUGUUCCUACCUCACCAUGAGGCUUUAUGGAUUGUUAUGUAUUAUAAAUGUUCUAUAUGAGACAGGCGACUGUGUUUUCCCCUCUUUUCUCAUUUAUUAAAAGUAGACAAAUAAACUAAUUUUUACAUA